UCAUUCUCCAUGGUGUGAGUGCAGCAGUGGUCCAGGUUUAGGGUUAGUGAACGUGAUGGCGUCAAACUCCACCACCCAGUUCUUUGCUCUGUCCCAGUCCUUCAGUAUCUCUGACAUCAUCAUCAUCGCCGCUUACUUCCUGCUCAACGUAGCUGUCGGCAUCUGGUCGUCGUGCAGGGUCAGCAGGAACACACUGAGUGGAUACUUCCUGGCUGGGAGAGACAUGGCCUGGUGGCCGAUCGGAGCCUCUCUGUUUGCCAGUAGCGAGGGCUCUGGUCUGUUCAUCGGUCUGGCAGGAACUGGAGCCGCUGGAGGCAUCGCUGUGGCUGGCUUCGAAUGGAAUGCCACCUAUGUGUUGCUGGCAUUGGCUUGGGUGUUUGUUCCUGUCUAUGUGUCUUCAGGGAUCGUGACCAUGCCAGAGUACCUGGGUCGUCGGUUCGGAGGAGAGAGAAUCAGAACCUACCUGUCAGUUCUCUCUCUGAUGCUGUCUGUCUUCACCAAGAUAUCAACAGACCUGUAUUCAGGGCGUUGUGGUCUGGCUGCUGUCAUCUAUACAGACACUCUGCAGACCUUCGACAUGAUUAUAGGAGCUAUCAUCUCACCAUCACAG